CCCGCAUCAGUCAACAUGCUUCCUCGCCUAUCUGAGACGUCGCGGUUCGCUACGGCUUCCAUCACUGCCCCCCAUCUUCCGACGAGGUUCCGACACAACCUCGUCGGAUCAACGCCUCAUUGUUUGCGCUCCUCGAGUCGCCGCCAUCCGAAAAUCGACGGACGCACGCAAAAAUUCACAGGCUUUCCCUCUCCCUUUGUCUCCUCCACUUUCUUUAUUCCCAAGCAUUCCCCCUCAAGCCCUCAAGCAACCAUGGAAAUGGAAGCAAAAAAACAAAGCAAAAGCAAAGCAGCCACAGGUUGCAGCACAGCACGGCCCUCCCGUUAUAAAACCGAGGGGACCGAAGCCGCAGGACAAAAGCUCCUCCUCCCUCACCCCUCACAGCUUCCCCAAGGCUACCUUUCCCCCCCGCACCCACACCCCAACAGCACAGCUUGCUCCGUGGUCAGGGUCUUCUUCUUGCUUGGCUUGGUAGCCGGGUCGCCUCUUGCUUCCUCGAGCGCCUCUCCCCCUCGCCCAAGUCUCUCUCCGAACCAUACCGGUCCCCGGCAGCCGCAGGGGGUUUUCUCGGAUUGCCGGAGAAGAGCCAUGCUUCACGGCGGCCGGCCGCUGUCCCUCAGGGGCUCCCUCAAGGCCCUCGAAGCCGAUAUCCACCACGCCAACACCCUGGCGCAUGCUAUCCACAGGGCCUAUGGCGGCACCUGCGUGCAGAUGAGGCUGUCCUACAGCUCCAUGGCUCCAAUCAUCCUCAACCUUAUCCAGUGGAUGGACUGCAGCUGCUCCCUCUCCUACACCCUCCCCAGCUACCUGGGCCUCCUGGAGGUUCUUGUCUACAAGGUUUAUGUUGAUGGGGAUGCAUCCAUAUCCACCAUAGAAAGGCGAGCGAGCCUCAAAGAAUUCUACGCCAUAAUAUACCCCUACUUGCAACAAAUUGAGGAGAACGUCAUGGCGAAAGACUGCGGCAAGGAGAAAGGGUGGUGCAAGGGGGACGGCGUCAGCGGCGGCCGGAAGCUUUACGCCGGUGACAAGGACGCCGAGAGGGAAGAUGAGUGCGGCAUUUGCUUGGAGACCUGCACCAAGAUGGUCCUUCCCAACUGCAACCAUGCCAUGUGCAUCAACUGUUACCGAGAUUGGUACACAAGGUCUCAGUCGUGCCCUUUCUGCCGCGGAAGCCUGAAGAGAGUCCAGUCCAGGGACCUGUGGGUGCUCACCGGCGACGACGACGUGAUCGACCCCGUGACCCUGGAGAAGGAGAACGUGAGGCACUUCCACAGCUUCAUCGACAGCCUGCCCCUCAUCGUCCCCGACAACCUCCUGCUGGUCUACUAUGACUACCUAGUCUAGCGACGCUCCGGCUGGAAACAGGAGAGAGCGAUGAUGUACUUACAGUACAAGGGUUCUCCGGCAGCCGACCAUCCUCCGCAGAUCGAGUCUGGCAAGCGAAGCCGGGGCCGAAGCAGUCAGUCCGUUUGCCAAGCGCCAUUAUUUGUUGCUCUGGCUUUGCGCAAUCGCAUCGUUGUGGUAAUAAGUGUACAGAAGAAGAAGUGUUUGAUGGAUCCCUGGUGAAGGUUUUUACUUGUUUCGUAUCGACGCUCUGGCAAAUUGCCAAGCUAUAAUUAAAAAAGAACAGGUGCUGGGUAAUGAGUCAAUCUGUGUGUGUGUCACCACAAUUGGUAGAAAAAGAGCUCUUCAUGAA